AAAUGAUAAGCGGUACCCGCCAAACCCCACCAUUGUCUGAACUUGGAGCCUGAGGAAGUUUCUUCAUUUGCUUUCAUUUCUUGUUUUGUAUGAGAAGAGAAAAGCACACGACGCUGAAGUUUGAACAACAGGAGAAGAAGCUUUAGUUUCAUGUUUUUGUUUCAAUAGAAUUGGUUGAAGAAUUGAAUAAGAAAUUAAAAAUGGAUUCUUGUUUAAUAGGGAAGAGCCAGAGUUAUGACUACUCGUUCAAGAUUUUGUUGAUUGGUGAUUCGGCUGUUGGAAAGAGUAGUCUUCUCCUCAGUUUCUUCUCCAACACUGUUCAGGAUCUUUCCCCCACAAUUGGUGUGGAUUUCAAGCUCAAGCAGAUCACUAUUGGUGGGAAAAGCAUGAAACUUACAAUUUGGGACACUGCUGGACAGGAGAGAUUUGGCAUACUAACAAGCUCUUACUAUAGAGGUGCACAUGGAGUUAUUCUUGUUUAUGAUGUAACACGAAGAGAAACCUUUAAUAAUUUGUCAGAUAUAUGGGCAAAGGAAGUAGAGCUUUACUCCACCAAUCAUGAGUGUGUCAAAGUUGUUGUGGGAAAUAAAGUUGACAGGGAUAGUGAUAGGGCUGUUAGCAGAGAGGAGGGAAUGGCUCUUGCUCAGAAGUAUAAAUGUUCAUUUCUUGAAUGUAGUGCCAAAACUAGAGAGAAUGUGCAGCAAUGCUUUAAAGAUCUCAUAUAUAAGAUUCUAGAGGUGCCCAGUUUACUGGAAAAAGGAUCUUUAGCAGUGAAGAAACAGUGUUUGAAAGACAAACAAAUCUACCAGGCACCUCGUGGUGGUGGGGGUUGCUGCUCUUGAAUCAUAUGCUUCAACACAAGUUAUUCAAUACAAAUCAUACAACCCACGGAAUCAGCAUAAAAAUGCCCCUGCUAUCAGUUCAGCUACAACUGGAAUGUUCGACAUUUCCAAUUAUACUUCACAGUCAGUUUGUGUAGAUAAUUGUAUGUUGUCAUAAAGGUUUUGAGGAGUACUUAUAGUUGCUCUUAUGUGGGACUGAGGGAUUCAAUUUUUUUUUCCCACCUCGUGUACGUCUGUUUCUUUCACUUUCCUAAUUUUUGUAUUUGUAAAAUCUACUUCAUUGUUAAGACUCAGCAUUAUACUUGGAUCUGCCACAUACCUUAAAUGCAGAUGUUGGGGUGAAUAAUGUCCUGCUGUAAUAUAGAUGUGCAAUGUACUGUGGUUUAAUUGAAGGGAAUCGUUUGAUACCGGAA